AUGCCUGCAAAGAAAUUGUCUGAGGAGGAUCGGGUGUUAGCUGCUGCUGUUGGAGCGACAACUCCAGCUCAAUCAGCAGCACCGUCACGGCGUGGGAGUAUGUAUUUCACACAUAAAGAAUCGAGUGAGAAACUACCAACUUCAAUACUUUAUAUAUUUUUUAUCAAUGGAUGUGAACGAUUCUCCUUUUGUGGUCUUCAAACGAUCUUACUUUUAUAUUUCAUGCAUUAUUUUCAUAAAACAGAAACGGCUGCAACCGUCGAUUAUCAUAUAUUUAACUCUCUAUAUCAUUUCACUCCGAUUGUCGGAGCGAUUAUAGCGGACGGGUUCAUUGGUCGUUAUUCAACCAUACUGUCACUUUCCGUAGUUUAUGCGAUUGGAACACUUCUCUUAUCGAUUACAUCGAUACCGAGUGUUGGUCAUAAACAUCUACUUGGACCAAUGUUAGGCUUAGGUCUUAUCGCAUUGGGAGCAGGUGGAACGAGACCAUGCACAAGUACUUUUUGUGCCGACCAAAUAUCUUCAUCAAAUAUAAAACAAUUGGGUUUCAUGUUUACUGUAUAUUAUUUUGUGGAACAAACCGCUGGAUUAAUUGCUAGAACGUUAACUCCUAUACUUCGAAGUGAUGUUCAAUGUUUUGACUCUGAUUGUUAUCCACUAGCUUUUGCUGUUCCAGCAUUUUUAAUGGUAUUCGGAAUUGUUUUGUUUAUUAUUGGCACACCGUUGUACAAACGUAUUCCAUCGAAAGAAAAUGUCAUAGCUCAGUUUGCAUCGAUCACCUGGAGAGCGAUGCGCAAUGGAAUAAGUUGCUCGAAAACAGAAAAGAAAAAAUAUUUCUUACACUAUGCUGAUGAUAAAUAUAGUACAAAGGAUAUCAACGAUGUUCGAUUAGUUUAUCGUGUUCUCGUGUUGUUUCUACCAUUGACAGUGUUCAAUGCGCUACAAACUCAAAAAGGUUCGCGUUGGACUUUGCAAGCAUCGUCGAUGAGUGGCAACUUAGGUCCGUUUUUAAAAAUUGAACCUGAUCAAAUGCAAGUUUUGGCUCCGUGUCUUAGUCUUCUCCUUAUUCCAUUGUUCAAUCGAGUGAUUUUCCCGGCAGCUGCUCGCUUCAAUUGGUUGCUAGAACCGUUGCAACGAAUCUUUCUUGGAUUAAUUUUAACAGCUGCCAGUUUCGUUAUCGCCGCCAUACUAGAAAGAGCCAUUGUGUUGAAAGCAAAUGAAGCACCUGUACGUCUUUAUACGGAUGUUUACAAUGGUUAUCAUUGUCCAAUAUCAAUAGAUUCUUAUACUAUAAUCGACUCCGGAAAUGCUAUUCAAUAUCCUUGUGUAUCGUUACAGAAGAAUAAUUUGACCAUUGUUUCCACAUGCGGCAAUCACAGUUUGAAGUACAGCCUAGCUAAAGAUAGACUUUGUCCAUCAAUAAUCGUUCUAUCCGACGAAAACAAGGCAACACGGGAUACGGAAAUAAAAUUGACGCCACUAACAAAUCCGAUUUCACAAAUUCGAGGAGUAAAACAAUAUGCUCUUCUGCGUCUGGUAUCUUUCGAUGAUGGAAACAAUACGAUAGUUACACUCACACCGAACAAAUAUACGUUUAAUAUCACUGGUGAAUUGAUUCCAACUGAAUAUGAAUCUGUUCUUGAAACAAGAUAUCGCAUCUAUUCAGUAAGUACAAAUCAAGAAUCAACUGGCUCGUUCUAUGUGGAAAGAAGUGGUGUUUAUACCGCCUUACUUGUGAAUCAAACGGGAAAUAAAAUAAAACCACUUCUUUUUGAAGAUGUUCCACCAUUUACAGUGCAUAUGUUUUGGCAAAUAAUUCAGUACUUGUUUUUAGUAGCUGGUGAUAUUUUAGUUAGUAUAACUGUAUUGAUUUUUGCCUACGCCGAAGCGCCCAAACGCUACAAAGUGGUGAUUUCAUCAAUAUGGGUGAUGACAUCAGGUGUUGGAGAUCUUAUUGUGAUAAUAGUGGCUCAUUCUCAUCUAGCUAAAACUCAGAUCGGCGAGUUCUUGUUCUUCGCGGUGUUUAUGAUUUUUGCAACGUAUAUUUUCGGUAUUUUAGCACUGCAUUUCGUUGAAGAAUCUCUGGUUCAUCAUGAUGGUGGCGAUCCUCAAUCUGAAGAUCAUCAUUUGCUGGCUGAUCAGAACCUAAUGCAUUGA